AUAGGAGGAUAAAGACAGUGUAAAAGUAAGAUGUGCAUAGUACGCCGGACAGAGAUUUAAAGAACCCACAGCAAAAUCAGAAAGAAAGACAGACUGAUUUUCUUUUAAAAGGAUAUCAUGAAGCUGCCAUCCGUUACUGUUUUGGUCUGCUUCUUUGUUGCUAGCCUUUCACUUCCUAUUUACCAACCGCAAAUUGGAAUCCUCGCAAGUAACAGCAAUGAGAUACUGAGAUUAAAUGGGAUGACCUUGACUGGUGUAGGCUUUGGACAAACCCAAAUGCAGGCAUCUCCAUUUAUUCCCCAGUAUAUACUCCGACAGCAGCCAGAAUUGGGUCUCCCCCAAUUGGUAAACUUCAACCCCCAGAUAGGGGUCCCUUUUGGCCCACAAGGCCCCCAGAUGAUGAUCCCCACCCAGGGUAAUCAGCUGCCCCCUCUGUUGUACGCCAAUGCCCAACAGGAACAGCCCCAGGACACCAACAACCCAAACAACCCCAACAACCCUAACCAACCACAAAACCCUGCGCAGGGGGUUCCUCAGUUUCCCCAGUAUUACCCGUCCUUUUCAUUUCCCCAGCAACCAAGAAUGCAGGGCUACCCUUACUACCUGGCUUAUGGUUAUCCUCAGAGAAACCCACAAGUGGUUGUGCAGCCCAACCCAAACAACCAGAUGAAUAAUGGCCCAGGCCAGCAGAACUUGGUAAAGCCAACUCAGAAACCACAGCUCCCAAAACAGAAUGCAGUAGAUCCUGAGGCACCAGGAAAUAAAUGGCCUAAUGUAGUACAGACAGAGGCUGUCAACCCACCACCAGAUCACCGUGGUGACACAGCUGACACUGGCAUUGAUGAGGGUCGUCCAAACUUCUCUUUCCUAUUUGAGCCAUAGGAUUAUAAUAGGGGAUGAAGAAAAACAAGGGAACUGCAACCUUCUUGAUGAAACUAUUAUACAAUACAUUUUCUGUCAAAUAAAUAUAUUGUUUAUAAAAA